CAUGCUCGACCUUGUCUCUCGCGAUUAGCCUGUUAACAUCGCCGGCGAAAAGAAAAUUUGAUGGUUCCAACGGUGGCUAAAGUUUCGGCCUCCGCCUCGGUACUUCUCCGCCGUAAAUCUAGGCAUCUUUGGUCGUUAGCCUCCUCGCCUCUCUAUUCAAGCUUUAAUUCCAUCCCUCGCCCUAUCAGUAGCACUGGUAAUCUUUUGUGCAAGGUUUUGCAAAAGGAGUCUUGUAAAAGACCUUUGUGGUGGAACGUUGGAUACUCAAGAUCCUCUUGGUUUCAUUCGACUCCAGCUCGCGAGACCGUUGAUUGCGUUACCAAAUCUGAGAACAGUUUGAGCCAAGAUGGAACCAAACCGAAGAGGAAAAAGCUCAAAGGUAAGCGUGCGGUUGUGCGGUGGCUGAAGUUUUUCCGGUGGAAGAAAAAGAAAGAGGUUGAGAGAAUGACUGCUGAAGAAAAGAUACUCAACAAACUGAGAAAGGCUCGUAAGAAAGAGGAACGGCUUAUGGAGACGAUGAAGAAACUGGAACCAUCAGAGUCAUCGGAAACGAUGCACGACCCUGAGAUAUUGACACCUGAGGAGCAUUUUCAUUACCUGAAAAUGGGUUUAAAGUGCAAGAACUAUGUUCCGGUGGGGAGACGAGGAAUAUACCAAGGAGUGAUUUUGAACAUGCACCUUCACUGGAAGAAGCAUCAGACGCUACAGGUUGUGAUCAAAACGUUCACGCCUGAGGAAGUGAAUGAGAUCGCUGUUGAGCUAGCGAGGUUGACAGGAGGGAUCGUGCUUGAUGUCCAUGAAGGGAACACGAUAAUUAUGUACAGAGGGAAGAACUAUGUUCAGCCUCCUACUGAGAUCAUGUCGCCGAGGAUUACUCUCCCGAGGAAAAAGGCUUUGGACAAAUCCAAGUGCCGUGAUGCGCUACGCGCGGUUAGAAAGUAUAUUCCGAGGCUUGAACAAGAGCUUCAGUUGCUUCAAGCACAAGCUGAGACGAAGCAAGAUUACCCGAAUGUAGCCAAGGUUGAUGAUGGUGAGACUCAAGACAGGUCUGAAGAGUUGAAGAAGAUUAUAGAAAGAAGCCAAGAGUGUUUGGAGGAUGAGCAAGAAGAAGAAGAUGCCGAGUCAGAUUUGGCGACGGAUUCAGAUCUGUCGGAUAUCUUUGAGACUGAUUCCGAACCAGAAAAUGAGAAGGCAGGGCGGCCGCUUUUUCUUGAAGAGUUUGAGAAAUUCCCAGCAAGAAACAACAUAGAAGAAGAAGAAGAUGAUGAUGAAGACUUUUGUGAUCCAGGGAAGGCUAAAUCAGGAGAUGAGAAAGAUGGGUCUCCAGGCUUUGAUGAAGUGGAUAAGAUGUUUCUUCGGGCUGCUUCGCUUUUAAAGAAGAAAAGAGGAUGAAGAAUCCCCAGAAGAUUCUUGCUUUCAUCAUCUUAGCUCAUCUCACAAUUGGUACAAGUGAAAAUGGUGCGUUUAACAAAGUCACAAGUAUAUCUUCUCUCUUAAUAUGCUCAAGCUUUGAUUUUGUGUUAGCAACUGUGGUUAUGAGAACUGGAGAAGUAUGCAUGCUUCUUUUCUAAAGUUUUUAUAUGUGUGAAACGUAAAGCUCCAAAAAGUAA